GGACCCAUGGAGGAUCCCGAUCCUGACCCCGGGCCGGGCCCGGCCGCCGAGAGCCCGGCGGAGCUGAGCCCCCCGGGGCUGGAAGGGGACACCCACCGCGGUGCCUACACCGCCUUCAUGAAAUCCCAUCGCUGCUACGACCUGAUCCCCACCAGCUCCAAACUGGUCGUCUUCGACACAUCCCUGCAGGUGAAGAAGGCGUUCUUCGCGCUGGUCACCAACGGUGUCCGGGCAGCGCCGCUCUGGGACAGCAAAAAGCAAAGUUUUCUGGGCUCUGCCUGCCCCACCUCACCCUGGGUGGGUGAUCUGGGUUUCUCCUCCUUCUCCUCACAGGUGCAGAUCUAUGAGCUGGAGGAACAUAAAAUAGAGACCUGGAGAGAGGUUUAUCUGCAAGACUCCUUCAAGCCGCUGGUCUGCAUUUCCCCCAAUGCCAGCCUGUUUGAUGCUGUCUCCUCCCUGAUCCGGAACAAGAUCCAUCGCCUGCCCGUCAUCGACCCCGACUCGGGGAACACGCUCUACAUCCUCACCCACAAACGCAUCCUCAAGUUCCUCAAGCUCUUUAUUGCAGAGGUCCCCAAGCCUGAGUUCAUGGCGCAGACGUUGGAGGAGCUGCAGAUUGGCACCUACAGCAACAUCGCCGUGGUUGGCACCAGCACCCCCAUCUACGUGGCGCUGGGCAUCUUCGUGCAGCACCGCGUCUCGGCGCUGCCCGUGGUCGAUGACUCGGGGCGGGUGGUGGACAUCUACUCCAAAUUCGACGUUAUUAACCUGGCAGCUGAGAAGACCUACAACAACCUGGACGUGACGGUGACGCGGGCGCUGCAGCACCGCUCCCACUACUUCGAGGGCGUCCUCAAGUGUUACAAGCACGAGACGCUGGAAACCAUCAUCAACCGCCUGGUCGAGGCUGAGGUCCACCGGCUGGUGGUGGUGGAUGAGAGCGAUGUGGUUAAAGGGAUCGUCUCCCUCUCGGACAUCCUGCAAGCCCUGGUGCUGCCACAGGGCCCCUGAGGCAGUAUGGGGAGGGGGGGGUUCAGUCCUCCCAAGCCCCCCACUCUCUUCUCCUGCAACACUGUGCCCCCCCGGGCUGGUGGGGACACCCGGGGUAUGCCCCCACUCACCAGCAGCAUCCAGCAAUAACCCCCAGCCCUGGGGCAGCCCAGGGGGGAACCCACAGCCCCCCCAUGCCGUGCCCUGCACCCCAAAGCCGUGUGGGGUGAUGGGGGCAGCCCUCCACCCCCCUGGGGUCGCCCAUAUCCAUGCCAGGGCUGUUCCUGUGUGGGGUCUCAUCCUUGUCACCCUGCACCGUCUCCCUGGGUGUGGUGAAACCCACUCAGCCCCACCCGGC